AUGCAUCCCAUGCAAGAAUUACUACAGGCAAGCACUAUCCUACAACUACCGUGCAUCACGAUGGAUCUCCAGGGCUCGAAUGAAACGAUUAAAGAGCUUGUGUCAUCUGUCAUCUCGUUAGAGAAAUCAACAAAUGAUAUUCUUCCGCAAUUUAUCGUCCAUUCAGUGUUGCCAUCAUUAGAAGUGCAGAUUUCACGCACAAGUUAUGUAGGAAUAGUGGCGCUUAUACUGAAGAAUCUCGGUGCGGACAAGUUGCGAAACACGCUGUCAGCAUCUUGCGAGAGCGAACAUGAAAUUCGUCCAUGCCUUCCGCAUCUUGUAAAGACGGACAUACUUUCCCUUCACACGCGUUCGCGGACUUCAUUGCAACCAAUUUACCGACAGUGCUUGAUGACGAGUGACGAUGGACACUGUAACUUUUUAAUGGCUUCUUCUGAGUCACUUGAAAUGCAACAUACUUGGAAUUGUGCGGCCUCAACUGGAAACUUGAAACUUGACUCAACUCUACUAAAAGCCAAGGGUACAGUUUGCUUGGAACCACUGCUUAGUACUUUUCUGCUCUACCGUCAAGUUUAG